GGCCAUGGGGAACCGGGAGAUGGAGGAGCUGAUCCCGCUGGUGAACCGGCUCCAGGACGCCUUCUCGGCGCUGGGCCAGAGCUGCCUGCUGGACCUGCCGCAGAUCGCCGUGGUGGGCGGGCAGAGCGCCGGCAAGAGCUCCGUCCUCGAGAACUUCGUCGGCAGGGAUUUUCUUCCCCGGGGGUCAGGCAUCGUCACAAGACGGCCCUUGGUCCUCCAGCUUGUCACUUCUAAAGCAGAAUAUGCUGAGUUCUUACACUGCAAAGGGAAGAAAUUCACAGAUUUUGAAGAAGUCCGCCAUGAGAUUGAAGCAGAAACAGAUCGAGUGACAGGCAUGAAUAAAGGAAUUUCUUCUAUACCUAUAAAUUUACGUGUUUAUUCACCACAUGUGUUGAAUCUGACCCUUAUUGACCUACCUGGAAUCACCAAAGUGCCAGUAGGGGAUCAGCCACAAGACAUUGAGUAUCAGAUCAGGGAAAUGAUUCUGCAGUUUAUCACUCGGGAGAACUGCCUGAUCUUGGCUGUCACACCGGCGAAUACAGAUCUUGCCAACUCAGAUGCCCUUAAGUUGGCUAAGGAAGUUGACCCUCAAGGUCUGAGAACCAUUGGGGUCAUCACCAAACUGGAUCUCAUGGACGAAGGAACUGAUGCAAGAGAUAUUUUGGAGAACAAGCUGCUUCCUCUUCGCAGGGGUUAUGUGGGGGUUGUAAACAGAAGUCAAAAAGACAUCGAUGGGAAAAAGGACAUUAAGGCUGCGCUGUUGGCAGAAAGGAAAUUCUUUCUUUCUCACCCCGCCUACAGACAUAUUGCUGAUCGAAUGGGAACGCCACAUCUUCAGAAAGUCCUUAAUCAGCAACUAACCAAUCACAUUCGGGACACACUGCCAAGCUUCAGGAGCAAACUUCAGAGCCAGUUGCUAUCUAUAGAACAUGAAGUAGAGGCCUUCAAGAACUUCAAGCCAGAAGAUCCUACUAGAAAGACCAAAGCGUUGCUUCAGAUGGUUCAGCAGUUUUCAGUGGACUUUGAGAAAAGAAUCGAAGGAUCAGGGGACCAAGUGGAUACAUUGGAGCUCUCGGGUGGUGCCAAAAUCAAUCGCAUCUUCCAUGAGCGGUUUCCUUUUGAGAUUGUAAAGAUGGAGUUCAAUGAGAAGGAACUGCGAAGAGAAAUAAGUUAUGCAAUCAAAAACAUACAUGGUAUCAGGACAGGCUUGUUUACUCCUGACAUGGCAUUUGAAGCAAUUGUUAAAAAACAAAUUGUGAAACUUAAAGGGCCUUCAUUGAAGAGCGUGGACCUUGUGAUGCAGGAGUUAAUCAAUACUGUCAAGAAAUGUACCAAAAAGCUGGCAACCUAUCCAAGGCUCUGCGAGGAAACAGAAAGAAUUGUUGCUAACCACAUUCGCGACAGGGAAGGGAAGACAAAAGACCAGGUGCUGCUGUUGAUUGAUAUCCAGGUAUCUUAUAUUAACACCAACCAUGAAGACUUCAUUGGGUUUGCAAAUGCCCAGCAGAGAAGCAGUCAGGUUCACAAGAAAAGUGCAGUUGGAAAUCAGGGAGCCAAUCUUCCGCCUUCAAGGCAAAUUGUGAUUCGAAAGGGCUGGUUAACCAUCAACAACAUUGGCAUCAUGAAAGGAGGAUCCAAGGAGUACUGGUUUGUUCUGACUGCUGAGAGCUUAUCCUGGUAUAAAGAUGAUGAGGAAAAAGAGAAGAAAUACAUGCUUCCCUUGGAUAACCUGAAAGUACGAGAUGUAGAAAAGAGCUUUAUGUCCAGCAAGCAUAUCUUUGCACUCUUUAACACGGAGCAAAGAAAUGUAUACAAGGACUACCGCUUCCUCGAGCUAGCAUGUGACACCCAGGAGGAUGUGGAUUGCUGGAAGGCCUCUCUGCUCCGAGCUGGCGUCUAUCCUGACAAAUCCUUAGGGAACAACAAAGCCGACAGUGAUGAGAGUGGCCAGACUGAAAACUUUUCCAUGGACCCCCAGCUGGAAAGACAGGUGGAAACCAUCCGCAAUCUCGUCGAAUCCUACAUGUCUAUUAUCAACAAGUGUAUCCGAGAUCUGAUUCCCAAGACAAUAAUGCACCUUAUGAUCAAUAACGUCAAAGACUUCAUAAAUUCAGAGCUCCUGGCACAACUGUAUUCUUCUGAAGACCAAAACACCCUGAUGGAGGAGUCAGCAGAGCAGGCUCAGCGUCGAGAUGAAAUGCUCCGAAUGUACCAAGCCCUGAAAGAAGCCCUAGUUAUCAUUGGGGACAUCAGCACCGCCACCGUAUCCACUCCUGCACCUCCACCAGUGGAUGAUUCCUGGUUACAACAUUCCCGCAGGUCACCCCCUCCAAGCCCCACCACCCAGAGGAGGCCGACAUUAAACACUCCUCCGACCAGACCCAUAUCUGGGCGUGGACCCGCUCCAGCUAUACCGUCUCCUGGCCCCCAGGCAGGGGCUCCACCAAUCCCAUUCCGUCCAGGACCAUUACCGCCUUUCCCCAACAACAGCGAUGCCUUUGGUGCUCCCCCGCAAGUCCCGUCACGACCAACCCGGGCCCCUCCCAGCGUCCCCAGCAGGAGACCACCUCCAUCACCAACUCGUCCUACUAUAAUCCGUCCAUUAGAAUCCUCUCUCUUAGACUAAGUGAAGUUCUGGCAUGACAACUAACAAAUUGUAUGAAAGCAACUCAUUUGAUAACUGUUGCAGUAAGCCAUGAGUAGUCGCAUGUGUGGACAUCUGUAGGCAAGUAACCAGCUUAACUAAUAUACUCGUCAUCCGUUCUGCAUUGCCUGGGGCAUCUCAGAUAUUUGGGGAAGGUCUACAUUGCAUUGACUCCCUUUAUAAAUUUUGUUCACUGGGGUAUAUUUCUGACCCUGAACAAUGAAGUGAGAGCUUUCAGGAGGGGUUGGCUGCCUGCUAGAUUUCAUUUGAGACGUAGUCUCCGGGUCAGAUUCCUGCUCCCGAGAUUCUUUGAGGCUGAUGACUUCCCCUCCUGCUGCUGUGCGCGUACUCUGCUCUCCAACGCCGUCAGCUUGGUUUAUGGCGCUGCACAGUGGCGAUUUCAGAAGAGUAGGAGCUGGGGAAGGAAGUUGAGGUUGGCAAGGUGGCCAAGGCAGGUCUCCCUCCAAGCACACCCCACAGUGGGCUGGCCGAGUGGAUUCUUAGGAUAGCAGGACCCCCUGCCAGCUGGGGGUCUGCAACAGUCACUCCUUUUACCCAAUUAUUAAAACAACUGUGGUUCGCUUGGUCAGAUUUCAGAACCACUCACUUGAGGCAUCAGAUCACCUAUUGAAGGAAUUCUGACCUUAUGGGGAAGACAAACAUUAUGCAGGAUGAACUGCUUCCCUCAAAUUUCAGACAGGCAGAAAGAGGCCAAGUUGUCUCUCCUCAGAAUGGCAGCCUGCUCUGUCAUCGUACAUGUCGAUGUCCUGGUCACCCUUCCACCCUCUUUCCUGGACCUGCUGCAAGUGACUUUCACUAGCAUUCCUUUCAGGAGAAGUUGUGAAAAUCAAUGAGGCUGUUAGCUAACACAAGACUAAGAUUUCAACAGUAGGAUGAGCUUUUUCUUCCAUUGGUUUAUUCUGUUUCGUGUCCCUUUCUGUUGUCCAACUGUGAAUCAGUAAUCAUCUAAAUGAGGAUAUGGCAGUUCAGUUUCAGAGUUUAAAGCAGAAGCAAGGUACUUCAUCUAAGUUGCUCCGAGAUGAUAAAUAUUUAAUUCUGGUACUGGCAUGGUUUUUGGUAUGCCAGGAGAUGAGACGAGUGGAGAAACCUUCACAGUCCCUUUCUCAGCAAAAUGAGAUGUCUCUUUUAAGUCACCAAGAUUUCACUUCACAGUUAAUAUCCAUGCUUUGGUAGGACAAACCAUUCAUCCCUGUGAACGUUCAUCUGUGAACCGAUCAUUCAGUAUUUUGCUUUCUAGACUUCUGUCAUUUAGUUUGCUGUUACGUUUUGCCCAUUUCAACAGUUAAAUUUUAAGCCACAGACACUGUUUCUAAAUAAGAUUCCUAGGUUUUGUGGAACCCGGAGGCAGGGCAGGGCCUGUCAGUGUGAGAUGUCAUGGAACAAGGGUAAAAUGCACUGUAUUUGCAUACCCACCUAUACAGCAUAUUCAGCGCUCUAGUCAACAGGCCUGGUCAUUCUGACCUAGUUAAGAUGGCCUUGGAGCAUUUGGGCAGGAAAUCACACUAUCCCCAUAGAGUUUGGGGGUUCUUUUAUAUAAAGCAGCUUCUAAUAUUUAUCAAAGUACCUACUGGACUGUCCAUUCUUGAGACUGAGCUCUUUGCUACCCAGCCCUAAGUGAUUGGUUUAUGCCAUUAUGGGAGAAACCACAAGCCAGCAGGAAUGUUGUCUGGCUAAGUAGUCCCAGGCAGCAGUUCAAGCAUCCAUCUGAAUCAGGUCCCAUGACCCUGCUUCAUAUGGUAUUCAAGUAAAUCAGAUUUCUCCAGCCGAAAACUUCAGAAGCGGCGUGCAUAAUUUGUAUGUCACUUAAUUUUAAGUUCCUGUAUAGUUGAUGCCCAGUGUAGACGCCUAGAGAGCAUGAAGUAAAUAGUCUUACCAUUGUGUGGCCAUUGUAAAGCGAGAAAUUGUUUCAGCCAGUGGUGUUGGUGGUCUCUUUUCUAAAUGGUCAGGGCUAGUUUGGAGAAUUAGCAAGAACAUCUUUAAUAGCAGAGGCAUUUCCCUUUUUAAGUUCCAGAUAUUUAAUUUUGAUUUACUGUAAAAAGCAGAGGCAUCACUGUUGUAAUUCGCAAAGGAUAAAACAAGAGGGAUCACAUGUCGUGGAUUAACUGACGCUCCCAUUUCUCAAUUUGUAUUCUUAUAGAAAAAAAAAUCAUCUCUGUGAAAUUGGCAGAUAUGCAAGCUCUGCCUUAAAGUUACUCUUAGGUAACUGAAAAAUAUUAGGUCACCAGCAGACCAUAAUCAAAAGGACACAUCCCUCCCAGCCCCUGCCCCCGAAGCACAGUAAAGUCUUUUCCUAUAAAUCCACUCUGUAGGAUUCCCUGAGGUCUUUCCCCUCUAUUUCAAAGGCAGCUGGCAGAUUUUGCUCUAGGAGGUUGGCUUUGUGCUAAAAGCGGUUUUGCAUUUUGCCAUAUUAUAAGAAUUUCCUUCUGUUCAGGGAAAAUAUUGUGGAUAACCACCGGAGGGUUUUGAGAUCGGCACAAACUGUGGUGGAGAAAAUUGGAGAUCUUUUUCAAAUGUCUUUCCACUGAUCUUGUGUAGUCAUAAACAAUGCUUUUGUCAUCUUCGGCUUUUGCUCCCAGAGUACAGCCCCGCAGUUAAACCAUAUGCCACAAUUGUCUCCCUUUGGGGUACAUUUUUCUUUCUUUCACUUCUAAGAUGUUUCUAAUAGGACCCAGCCACCUCUGGAGUUUUGGCAGAUACGUGGUGGAGACUAUUCCAAGGAUGCUGCUAUUCACUGAACUGCUAUAAGCAGGGUUGUUACAUUAUUCCCUUUGCCCAAAGGGUUCUUAUUUUGGAAAGGGAGAAGCCACUGUGAAAAGCAUAGUCAAAACUUACAAGGAUUCCUGUUUUGAGGUGCAAAAAUUAUAUAUACCAGGCUUAGAGAGGGGAGCACAUUUUGUUGAGCACUCCCAGAUGUUCAUCACUUUAGAUCUCCUCUUUUGAAUCGCUUCCAUCUCAGCCAACCAUUCUCUGACGGUGUCACUGCUGCAUAUAGAAUUCCCUGUGCUUCAUUCAACUACCCAGACAUCAGAUGUUACUUUCAGAGUUGAGACCUAAAUAGACUGAUCCACCCAUGAAUACUGGCAGGGCAAACUUUUUUUUAUUGCCAUCAGUGCGUAUGCUAAGGCCUACAGGCUCCUCCGGCCUACAGGAACAACUUAUUCAUAUGCAGUUGAGAAUGAUUUGAAGUUACCAUCAUGCAUUUCUAGAAACCUACUAAGAUUUUCCUUCUGGGCUUUGCUUUUAACUAGCGCUAGGUAACAGAGGUAGAUGAUAGGGCCUGAUUAUGAACUCAUUUCCUAGGUAUUGAGUGGGAGGGCUUGCCAAUCUGAGCAGCCUAUCAUGCUUUAAAAAUGGAAAUUUUUUUCCUGUAUAUGAGUACCAACCUUCUGAAUUCACAGAGCAAGCAUAGUUAAGUGGAUUUCAUUUUAUUGGCCUUUGUGUAGACUUUAGCCAUAACUCUCCAAUACGAAAUGGGACCUAUUACCAGUAUGUUAUAAAUGUUGAUGUUUUGUAUGUGCAGAAACAUUUUUCUAUGCAUGUGUGGUGAUGUAGUAUAAACUGGGUAAUAUUUAUGUAAGUACAUGUGUUUUGUGUGCUUUUAAAUUGGUAGGUAGUGUGUUAAACACUUGAUGAAAUGCCUCUAGCAUGAGUAUGGUAAAAUGUGUGUGUAUAUGUGUGUAUAUAUGUAUAUGUAGGUGUGUACAUAUCUAUCUAUAUAUAUAUAUAUACAUGUGUUUAGUCCUAUUGUGGUAAUUAUCUUUCAAAAACUGUGCUAAUAUAAAAGUUGGCUAUGAAGGAUCUGUAGUAUUUUAUGGCAGUUGUCAUCAAGUAGUGAGCCAUUUCUCAUAAAACAUAGAGAUCGGCAGUGUUCAAGUUCCUGUUGCUCCAGACUCUCUUCUUUGUUGUAUAAUAUUCUCAGAACCAGAAUGGCAUUGAUGCACUUUGUGCUUGGGGGAAGACUGAAUAAUGCAUCACAGCCCUUGUUUCUGGAUGUUGAAUCUCAACGAGUGGUAUCUAAGAAAAGGCAGCCUUUCCCCAGCUAGGCUAGCAUGUGCUAACAUCUUCAGAUCCCACUCUUGCUCACUGAGCUGGGACUUAAGAAGUUAAGGCGGAGUUCGAGGUGAUUUUCUUUCUGCUGAGAAUGAAGAAGAACAAAAUGGAGGCAGGGGAGAGAAGAGUAGCCGAAUUUUUUACUCUUCCGGGUGAGAACCUGCAGUGAGGGGAAAUCCUUGCCUAAUCGGCUUCUGACCUUUACGAUUUGUCUGAUAAUAAUCCAUGUGAUUAAGUUUGGCAUCUGGGGUUCUGAUUUAAGAACAAGCAGGAACUUCUUUGGCACUGAGAGUGAAUAAUGUCACCUUUUGGCCAGGUGAGCAUACUGUGGCCUUCCCUGGGAAAAGAUCAUUUAAACCUUUGCCCCAUGAUGUCCUGAUUGUUCUUUCAGCAUGGAGAUACAUAUGCCAUGAGCAGGUCUGAAUUUUCAACCUUGAUGAGCCUGAAUGAGCCAGUUUCAGUAAUAGAUAGGGACUUGGUAAAUGAUUGAUGAACUUACAGAAAAGACAGAAAAUUCACCAGGUCAUUCAACUACAUUCUCACUGUCUGGUCUUUGGCCCUUUCCACAUUAGUCUCUAAUGCCAUGUUUAAGCAUAUUUGCCUUUUGGAUACUUCCUCAUUCUUCGUUGCUAAUUUUUUAAAGCACUAAGAUUUGCCUAAUGUCUUUAAAACUGUGCUGAUGCAGUGGAUGAAGAGUGUGUCGUCGUAUGUGUGAGCGUGACAGCAGACUUGGUCUCAGAUCUUCAUUUAAGAUUGUGUGGAGGCAAUGGGUGAACUGUAUGGUCACUUGAGUAAGAGUGAGAGAGCGAGAGAGAUGUCAAGUCAAAGAUUCUUCUUUUAUAUUAAGAUUUGAUCAUCCUGGUGAAUUGUUGAGUCUUCUCACCUCUGGUCUGGAGUCUCACACAAGACAGCCUCUGUUUUUGUCGAUUUGUUUUUGUUGUAAACCUUUAUCCUGGAAUCUUUACACUGUGCUCUCUGUGUAAUGCAACUGAACAGUUUCCUUUCAUAAAUGGAUAUUACCCUGCCUGUCUUCCCUCUUGCUUUGUCUGCAGGCGAUCUGAUAAGAACGGCUCCUCCUGUCCAGAGAGUCCACAACUGUUGCGUGAAUUGUGAUCUGUUCCGUGUUACCAGCCUGUGUUUGGCUUGCCUUUCUGUGUUUUAUUUCUCUCUCCUUUCCAGAAUGAUCAAAACUUCCUCCUUUUUUUUUCUUUUUAUAAAGAGCUGUGCUCAGAUUUUAUCUAAAUUUAGUCCUCUCUGUUGAUCCCCUAAUUAAAAUGAGCCCAAAUACAUGCCACUGACUUCCUAGUACUGUCAGUGCUUUCCUGAGUUGAUAUAUGGACUCUGUAGAUGGAUUUUUUUUUGAAGAAAGUUCCUGAAGCCUGUGUCAUUCUUGAAGUCCGAAUGCACCUAUUGUGAAAAUGUUAAGCUGUAUUUCUGAACUUGAAAUAAAGUGCAAUUGAAGGACUACUCUGUUCUUCAUUCUUGUA